AUGCAGGUCGAGACGUACCUCCAGCAAUCUCUCGGGGUUUGUACUCUGACAGCUCGCUUCUCCAUUCGUCAUGCUGCAGGACCAGGACCAGGUGAAAUCGAUCGGAGUGAGCAACACGUACGACGUUCGCACCUUCGGGCUUCUCAAGAAGGCGAGUCCAGAUUGUGCAGAAUAGGUGGUACGAGAGCAAUCGCUGGGACCGUGACGUCUGCAGCUGCUGUAGGAAGAAUGGUGUCCAGUAUCAGAAUUUGCCAGGUCGUUCUGGACACUCUCUGGAUCUCCAAAGCUGCUUUCCCGCCAGAGUCUGCAUGGGGUAGCGCGCACCAAGAGUCGCGCGCCUGCUCAAGCGGUCUUCCGACUAGCGCAACUGCAGGGCAUUACGCCGCUCUCCGGUACGACCACGAGCAACACAUAGGAGAAGACGUGGAAGCGGAGCAGAUCGACCUGGUUGACGUGGGUGCUGCCGUAAGAGUGGACAGCAAGCUCGUCGGAGGAGUACAAUGA